AUGCUGUGCUCGGUGCUGCUCUGCUGCUGGUCCUUGGGUCUGCUGCGUCUCUCCUCCCCUCUGGUUCAUGGGAACAUCCAUCUGGACGACGCCUCCUACCUGUCUGACCUCGAGCGAGGCCACGCCCCCGUGCACGACCCCGCCCUCUCACCUGUCGACUCGAUAGAGGAUCGCUUCCUGAUGGACGCGGGGUCCUACGACGAGGACUCGGCGGCGGUGGCGCUUCAGGGUCGGGCCAUGCGUUCCCCGCGCCGCUGCAUCCCGAACCAGCAGUCGUGCCUGGGCUACCCGCUGCCCUGCUGCGACCCCUGUGACACUUGCUACUGCCGCUUCUUCAACGCCAACUGCUACUGCCGCCGGGUCGGCCGCGCCUGCCCCCCCAGGCGCACCUGA